AUGGUGGCUCUUGGGAUCACUCAGUCAAUAACAGCUGCCAAGACACCAGCUCCUCGAGACACUGCCCUCCUGGGCUCAUGCCUCCGUGAUGCCAUUGGCCAAGCAUUUGAAGAGCGAAUCCCGUGGAGGGCACCCAGGCCACUGCUGGGGACCCUGCGACCUGGGCUGCUGGCACUAUCUCUGAGCAAGGGGCUUGGGAAGGGUGACACAGUCUUCAGACGGCCCCGGACCUCACUGGAGGGUGAAGAAAAUCAUAGCGUCAUUGACAAGGCUGCCAUGAGGAUCGAAACCUCUCUCACUAAUCAGCUGGCCCUGUGUGCAAUGCAGCUUCUACUGAAAAGCAAACACUUCAACUUUCAGGCUUUGUGGCCACAGCUCCGUUUCUGGCGUGGCAGAGUCUCCUCCCUCUCCCACAUGUGGCAGACCGCAGUGAGAAAGGAGAAUUUGGAGGUUUUGGUUACCAUCUUUACAGGUCAUACAGCAGUAGUAGAGGCUUCCUGGCAUCUGCUCCAUGAGUCUCUGUUUGGGUCAGUUGCUGAUGAUCAGAAAGUUAUGAUUUCGGACACUCUUUCAAACAAUACUUCCAAACCAAGAUACUCAGUUGAUGCUCACACUGCUGAGGUGAACUGCCUCUCUUUCAAUCCUUAUAGUGAGUUCAUUCUUGCCAUAGGAUCAGCUGACAAGACUGUUGCCUUGUGGGAUCUCAGAAAUCUGAAACUUAAGUUGCAUACCUUUGAAUCACAUGGGGAUGAAAUAUUCCAGGUUCAGUGGUCACCUCACAAUGAGACUAUUUUGGCUUCCCGUGGUACUGAUUGCAGACUGAAUGUCUGGGAUUUAAGUAAAAUUGGAGAAAAACAAUCCCCAGAAGAUGCAGAAGAUGGGCCACCAGAGCUGCUGUUUAUUUAUGGUGGUCACGCUGCCAAGGUAUCUGAUUUCUCCUGGAAUCCCAAUGAGCUUUGGAUGAUUUGUUCUGUAUCAGAGGACAAUAUCAUGCAAGUGUGGCAAAUGGCAGAGAACAUUUAUAGCAAUGAAGACCCUGAAGGAAACGUGGAUCUGGAAGGACAAGGGUCCUAAAUAUGUAUGUCUUUACUUGUUGUGAUUUUAGACUCCCUUUUUUUCUUCUCAACCCUGAGAGUGAUUUAACACUGGUUUUGAGACACAGACUUUGUUCAGCUAUCCCUCUAUAUAAUAGGUACCACCAAUAAUGCUGUUAACCCAAACAGUGGGUGUUUUCUAAAUAUUAAUGGUAGCAGAGGGUUGGGGGGGGACUUGAUUCAGCAAAAACACAGACUUACAUUGAAAUUUUCUUCAGGAAUUUUCUAGUAACAAACCCAGGUCUAAAGUAGCUACAGAAAGGGGAAUAUUAUGUGUGAUUCUUUUUCUU